AUGGCUCAAAUGUCUACGCGCAAGUCUGCCUCGCUCCGCCAGAUCUUCGGCGGAGGCCUGCUCCUAGUAGGAGCGGCGGGGCUCCUGGUGGCCUUGUCUGCAAGCAACCCCGUAACUGCAGCGAAGGUGCGAGCGGCCGAAUCGCUCGCGGCGGAGAUACACGAACUCGGGGACAUGAAUGACUACAACCAGGAGGCGGAGUACAGAAUACGACGCGCGGAGCUCGACGCCCAGACGCCAGAGGAGAUCGAAGCGGCGAAGCAGAAAUAUCGCGAGAAUCAGGCAAAACAGGAGCAGGAAGACGCUGACAUGAAGAGAAUAAAGGAUGCCGUUGUCGCAGAAAUGAACGAGACUGUGGAGCGGGCGGGACUUCGUGGGCGCGCCGAGCGCGAGGAUCACCGCUCCGACGAUCAACAGCGAGGCUUCGACGAGCGCCAAAAAGAAAUCAAAGACAUGGAACCCUCGAAAAUGGCCAAGCUGAUGGACAAGAGGAUAGCUGACCUCGAGGAUAUCCGCAAAACAAAGCAGAAUCAACAAGCACUUAUGCAAGAACUGAAGGAUAAGCUUGCGAAGCGCAAGAAGGCAAUGUAA